AUGAAAAUCAUCGAAGAUAGCGGUUUCUGGAGUGAUUUGAAGAUCAUCCGAAAUCACCUUGAACCUCUUGCCAUAGCCGCCAACGUCACGCAAAGCGAUUUCGCACGCCUUGACGUUGUUCUCUUAACCCUUGCAAACUUGUUCUUCACCUUCUCAAAUCCUGAAAUCGAGGCAACAGUUCGCAUCGGCAUUCACGAGAGCCUGGAGAAGCGCUGGAAAAAGGCUGAUCAACCCGUCUUCCUGCUUGCAGUCAUUUUCAACCCAUACAUACGGACACGUUGCUUCCACCCCAACAGUCCCUUCAAGCUCAUGCGAGGGCUUUGGCCACUUGUCAAGAAGACUUUCCGGCGGUUCUUCGAUCAAGAUCCUGAUAGCGCAUUCAGGCAGUCGUUUGCAAAUUACAUCGCCGGAGUGGGAAGCUGGUCGGACGAAGCCAUGAGUCUGAGGGAGCUCAAAGAGCUGGCAACAGCUGAGAAAUCACAUGUGAACCUCGUGAGCCUUUGGCGAGAACACGACACGGGACUCGACAACGGCCCAAAUGGCAUCGUCAAGCUCGCGAUGCGGAUUCUGAGCAUCGUUGCAAACUCGGCUGGCACGGAACGGCUCUUCAGCAAAUUCGGCAUUGUUCACACCAAACAUCGGAAUCGCAUGCACCAUGAGCAGACACGCAAAAUUGUGCUCGUGAAAUCGGAUGUUGAAGAACGCCACGGCCGCCCAGCGCAAACACGAAACAAACGCAAAUUCCAAGACGACGAGUCCACGUCACCUCACGACGAUCCGGAUCCAUUUUCAUCAUUGACCUCAAAUUCUGUCACCACCCACUCCGACUCCACCACCACUGGUGAACCUGACCAGUCGACGGAAGAAGGUAUCGACGAGGAGCCGAUUCCUGAGUUCGUCGACCUUAUUCAAGGUCUUGUCCAAGAGGUUGACGAGGUGGAAGCACACGGUGACGACGCGGAUGAGGAGCCCGAUCCAGUCCCAGUUGAUGAGCCUCUCACCAGAGCAGAAUCUCUCAUCUUUCUUUCGGGAGUACUGGACACACGCCGAAACUAG